AUGAGCUUCUUCAACAAGCCCAUGAGUGAGAUGACCCCAGAGGAAAUGCAGAAGUGGGAGGAGGAAGAAUUUAACAAGGGCUUGCUCUCAGAGCUCACACAGAAGGUCAAGAACAACACACAGGUGCUCAUCAAUUUCCGGAACAACAAGAAGCUGCUAGGCCACGUGAAGGCGUUUGACAGGCACUGCAACAUGGUGCUGGAGAACAUGAAGGAGAUGGGGACUAACGUCCCCAAGAGUGGCAAGGGCAAGAAGUCCAAGCCCAUGAGCAAGGGCCGCUACAUCUCCAAGUUGUUCCUGGGUGGGGACCCGGUCAUCGUGGUCCUGUGGAACCCACUCAUCGCUGGCAAGUAAUGGCCUCUUGCUGAACUCACACCCUGCAAUGUGAAGACCCGCUGUUUCUGACGAGAAGAAUAAAGCCUCGUGUGGGAAAAAAAAACAAGAUACAAGAAGUGAUGGGUCAGGUGAAUCAGGUUUUGACAGUCAUCAUUAGUUAAUGGAAUUUAUUUCAAGUGAUUGGUGAGUAGACUCUCUGAUAAUAAAAUAAUUGCUCAGCCACCAGGGAAGGAAUUACAGAACUCUGGACCAGUACAUCUGGCUCUCUUCUUUAAGCACCCACCCUAGUGGCUUUCACAACUAGAGUUCUAAUUGUAUCAGAAAAGGGACUAGGGAGACCA